GUCUCACGGGCCUUCUGUCGUGCGGUGUCGCCGCCUUGAGAUGCGUUGAGCCGGUGGGCCUGUGGCUUGGCGUGACUUUAGAGCUCCGUUAAAAAGCAUGCGCUUAACACACCACGGCCGCGCUGUCAAGUUUAUAAUCUUUUGUAGUAUUUAAUCUGUAGUCUCCCCUUGUAUGCUGCAGGCUCUUAAAUGCCUCUCCCACCAGAGGUAAGCACCCCUCCCUUUUUAUUUGAAGCCAUUUUAUAUGCUCCUAUUGAUGACACAAGUAGCACAGCAAAGAUUGGAAAUGGAAUAAUUUUCUUCACUUUGUAUAAAAAAGAAGUGGCCAUGUGGGAUUCCCUAACUCUACCGAAUGCUAACAAGGAGAAACUGCAGUAUCUAAGAGAGAAUGCUGUUCUAAAAGCCCAUGAAAAGGCAAAAGAGGAGACAGAAGCAAAAAAAGUUACAAAACAGGAACACAAAAAACAUGCUUUGGAGGCCACAAUGAAGCUAGAAGAAGCAGAAAGAAAAAGAAUUGAAGAUCUGAAAGAAAAGGAGCGGCAGAAGGUCACUAAGGAGUUGGAGUUAUGGAAAAAACAGCAAAAAGAUGCUGAGAAACAAAAGAGGGUACAAAAAGAAGGGGAGCUAUAUCAAGUAGAGCAAUUAAAGGAGAAGAAAAAGGAAAAAAUAAACAAAACUAGGAUUCCUAAUGAAGGAACUUCUAAGACCAGACUCAAACCUACUAAAGGUUAUGGUUCCUAUAGCAUGUUUUCAGAAAAUUUAAAGGAGGAACAGUUACCAGCUCCUCGAUCUGCUGCUACAAUUAGAAUCAACUUUACGUCACGAGUUUUUCCUACAGCUCUGCGAGAAUCUUGCAUUGCAGAAGAAGAGGAGUGGCUACGUAAACAAGCAGAAGCUCGAAGAACAAUAAGUGCUGAUUUGUCUGAGCUGGAAGAUUUAAAAGAAGAGGAGAAGAAUCCAGAUUGGUUAAAGAACAAAGGAAACAAAAUGUUUGCAACAGGAAACUAUCUUGCAGCUGUAAACGCAUAUAACCUCGCAGUGCGGCUAAACAAUAAGCUUCCCCUACUGUAUCUGAAUCGUGCUGCUUGCCACCUUAAACUGAGAAAUUUACAUAAAGCUAUUGAAGAUUCCUCUAAGGCACUGGAACUGCUGACACCACCUGUUCCUGAUAAUGAGAAUGCUCGAGUGAAAGCAUAUGUGAGACGUGGAACAGCAUUUUGUCAGCUGGAAUUAUAUACUGAAGGUCUCCAGGAUUAUGAAGCAGCUCUCAAGAUUGAUCCCAAAAAUAAAACUAUAGAAAAAGAUGCCGAGAAGAUUCGACACCUAAUUCAAGGAACAACACAAGAUUCUUAAUAAAAAUUUAAAAAAAAAAAAAAAAAGGAACUUUUUGGCAGGGAUGCUUUUUGAGGGCAUCAGAAGGAAUCUUAGUUCUCUUCAAUAUGUUGUUAACUAGACAUUUUCUGUUUCACUCAGAACACCUGCAGAAUUGGUAAACGAUUGGAUAUAUGAAUUCCUGUUUUUGGAAAGUAUGGUAUUAUAACAAACAUAUUUUAUAUCAUUUUGAUACAAAGUUGUCAUAUUUUUGCUUUCUAUGAAAUAUUGGUGGACUGUAUAUUAAAACAUGCUUUUGGUACUUGAUUUAAAGUUACUCAUAACUAAAUGAAAUAUUUCUCUGGAAAUACCUCCUGAAUCUGGACAAUGGGUUUUCAAACAACUUCAGUAGCUCCAUAUAGUCAACACCUGUCACCUUCUUAUCUUUCUCUUCUCCACCAAAGCUGAAACAGUUAUGUGUUAUAUGAUUAUAGUUAUAUGCUUUCCUCUUACUGUUCAUAGUGUUUGGCACAUCUGAAACUAAGACAGUUAGUUUAGAUACUCUAAUUCAGGCGUCUAAUUUGGAAAACCUCCACUUGGAAGCAUAGAGGUAGAUUUUAUGUAGUGCAGAACACUCUUUUUAACAUUAAGUAAUGUACAUUGAAUAUUUUCAGACUAUUUUGAAACAUUUGUUUGGGCUGACCAAACAAGGUAAUUGCAAAAAUUAUAAACCUGGAGUGUUGUAUUGUAGUGUAGUGGUAAAUUGAUCCUGUGAUAAAUUGUCCUAUCAAUGAAUAUGACUGACUUCUUCCAUCCUGCUACAAUUAGUAAUCUUACAGUGUAGCUGUAAAGCAUAUUCUAAAUAAAAAACUUUGUUAUUUAUAUGAGAAUAUAUAUUUUUCUUGACCUAGUAUUUUAAUUUGUACUCUGUUGACGUUGGCCAGUAUCUCAGGAAUACUGGUGUGAUUAAAGAUUCUCAAAAAAGGGACCAUCCUGGUGAGGCUACAAGUGUUGUAAAGUGACAUGAAGCAUGACAGUGUGCUUUGAAUCCUGCACCUGUUGUUCUGGAUAGUAUUGUUUAUAUAUGUGUUAGCAUUUGUAUUACCAUGACAACCUGAAACACUGGAAUUGAAGUGGUUCUGUUUUGUUAGGCAUUCUAUGCAAAUUGUGACCAUUUCCCCUACACUCCUUUCAGUAGCAGUUUUAGCAGACUUCUGAAUUUUCCACAUCAGUCUGUUUCAGGAAUUCCACAUCAGGAAUGCCAUUUAUGACUGAUUUCUGUCUUCAGAAGAAAAUAUUUUUUAUGCAGAUAUAUGUUAUUCUGUGUAAAUUUUGUACUCUUGGAACAGGGAGAAGGUGGCAGGCGUUGCUUCCAGUUGCUUUACUUGGAGCCUUGAGAGGAGUGCUGAGGUGAGUCAGAAGUGCCUGGGAUAGCUGCUGUUCCUUCUUUCCUACAGGUACCUACUGCACUGCAAUGGAAGGGGCUGAAAAUACUUUUUUAUAGCAGUUGAAAGGAAGGCAGUGCAGGAGCUUUAGUGCCUCUGUUGAGUGUAAUGGUGUACUUGCUAAUGUAUGGCUAUUUUCUUUCAUAUAAUUACUGAGAGGACUAAGGAGGCUAAGGAGGAGAGACACUGGCAAAGGGAAGAAGACAAUGCAAAGAAGCAGGCGCUGGUUUUAAGUUCCUGAUUUUCUGUUUUGGUUCCAGAGCCUAUUAGAACAAUCUGUAUACAUCUGUAUAGGCUAUUUGUAUCGUAGCUAUUUGUUAUAGCUAGUCAAGGCUAUUUUUGAUGUAGAUAGGCACCUUUUUCUAUUGCUAUGAAAUAGAAAAAAUACCCCCUUUAGAGGUUAGGGAAUCAAAUGUGCUUGGUGGCAUGAACAAUAUCUGCCUGUUUCAUCUGAUUAUAUUGGGAGCAAAUGGAUGUUAAACUUCUGACUUCCAUGCCCGAGCUGACGGUGUGUACACUGUAUCAGUCAUAUGCAUUAUGUUUGUAUUAGUGUCCUGAGAUGUAGGAAUGUGGAGACUGACUUUAAGUUUUAAAACCAGAGAAUACUUUAAUUAAAACAAGUAAACCUUCA